AUGUCACAGAGCGUCCAGGGCACCGUGUGUGAAGGCCACUCUUUGGACAUGACGGAGAAACACAAGACCAUGGCGACGCGAAUCAUGAAACCAACAGGAUUCAACAAUCAAAAGGAGAUGUUUGAAAAGAUGGAGGAAUCCUUCAAAGUGUGUGUGAACUGUGAGAAGAGACAGAACCAGCUGUCCAACUCCCAGAGCAUGAAGCGCUGUGGAAGAUGUCUCAAUGUGUACUACUGCUGCAAAGACUGUCAGAAAGAAAACUGGUCCAAACACAAGAAGUUUUGUCCUCAGCUCAGACUGGCUGCUAUUGACAGAGUUGUGGAGUGGCUUUUGUUUAAAGGUGAGCUCCCGUUCUCCACAGGGAAAUGGUCCAAGCCAGAGUCUGAGGUAAAGAGCUGGGAGGACUGGCUGGACAUGCAGGGGGACCUCGGCCCACGGCUCGAAGCCAUUCUCAACGGCUCGCUCAUGAAGCAGCUGUGGACAGACGCAGGGAGACCGCGGCCAGGGGACGAGGACCUGAAACAGUCUUUGUGGAGAGUGACCAGUGAGUUCCUGUCCCGGCCUCUGACCAUCGCUUGGGGAAUGCGGCUGUUUGGCCUGAACCCUCACAAAAAGCCUCUCACUGUCCAUGUGGUGGGAGCGGGACAGUCCGAGACUCUGGGAGCCAAACUGACGGACUAUGACGAGCUCAACAACAUGUUCCCAGGACACCAGGGCAUCGAGGUGGUCCUGGUGGGACCAGAGAUCGUCCAUGGGCCUGUGGUGAGGCCUCCUCUCCGAGCGUUUGGGCCAAGGCAGAGAGUGUUCUGCAGCGCGUACAAAGGUCUGUACCACGAGUUCUGGGAGAAUGUGAUCGAGAAGGAGGAGGCGGCGAAGCCCGACCUGGUGGUGGGCUUCAACCCUGGUUUCGAUGCCAGUCAGGGUCUGGAUGAAGGAUGGCUUCCAACUCUUCUUCUGCUCAGAGACUAUGACAUUCCUUCAGUGUUCACUGCCCUCACUGAGGCAGAGAUGACGUACUCGCUGCAGAUCCUGCAGGAGCUGGAGAUGGACAUGAAAGGCAGUGGAGCAAACCCGUUCACGUCUCUCAAACCUGAAGGUCUGAUGGAGACGGUGGAGCUGGAGGAGCCGGACGACUGA